ACGAGAGAUCGGCAGCACAGUUUCGUGUUCAGCUUAGCUCGGUUCGGCUCUCUCAGCUUUGUAGUAUCGGAAAGCCACCAAGUACUCGAAAAGGUCGAAGUGCUCGUACGCACUCCCUCGAGCGGUCCCGCGCGCGCGGUUCACCAGACACGAGAGUCUCCGGAGGAGUUGCAAUUUCUCUCUUCCUUUCUCCGUCCGCGUCGCGGAGAGACGCGAGAUUCUGUAGUCGCCCGAGUCGCGGCGACUAGAAUACCUGUUGCUCGCGCGAAGAGACCGGCGGGCGUGUUGGUGCGCAGUUCGCGGACGCGAAACAGCGGCGACGAAGGUGACGUGUACACCGGAGGAGGAGAUCAUGGGGACGAUAUGGCGGCUGUCCGCGGUGACGCUCUUGUUAAUGAUGCAUUCUGCUCUGCUCAGUGCUCAUCGUGAACACAAGGUCCAUAACAUCGUGCUGUAUCCUGAUAAGCAUAGCUGGUGCAAGACGACGCCCAUAAAGCAGGUGGUGACAUGGCCUCAGUGUUCUUCGCAGGAAUUGGACAAUAACGUCUGCGUCGGGGCUUGUUUCUCAUACAUGGUCCCACAUAGCGAACCCUCCGCACCCGGCGAUCUCAUAAGACCUUAUUGCGACUCCUGCCAACCUCUGGACAGCGUUUGGCAUACUGUUACGCUGGAUUGCAAAGACGAGCAGAACAAUCCAGUGACUAUGCAAAAGAAGGUGCAGAUCAUCACAAACUGUUCCUGCAGUUCCUGCAUGGAGACCUCGAAGAUCAAGCCCGACUACAACACCUUGCUACAGUCCCUGACGGAGGAGAAUUUGGACAAGAAUGUGAAUGUGGCGCACGAGACGCCCGAUUUGCUGCUGGAUCCGAACCUGAACGCAUCGAAGAAUACGACGAGAGAGUACAACGGUACGCAAACCAACGAGCGGUUCCACCAACUCGUCAAGAAACUGAAAGAAUCGCAGAAACAGGACGAACCGCGUAUGAAGGAAUUUUUCUCGAAGGACGGGGAGGAGGCCGACUUGGAAAAGUUAAAGGAGAUGAUUAAGAAGUACAGCCAGGAGAGCAAGGAGAGCCAGCACGAGCAUCAUCAUCAGCAUCAGCACGAGCACGAGCAUCAGCAUCAGCAUCAGCAGCAGCAGCAACAGCAGCAGCAGCAUCUUCAUCACGGGCCGCAUCACUCCCUGGUGCUGGACUCGGAUGUGAAGGAGAAGAUCGACGUGGAGCCGCAUUACCUGCAUCCCGCCGUUGCUGGGCAAGAGAUCAGUUACCACGACAACAUCCUGGUGGGUAAGGAGAAGAAGAAGGACUUCUAGGCCCGUCGAGAAGAGCGGAAUUCGUCAUUUGCGCGAAGCCAUCGCCUUCGUUCGCCACGCUCGCAAAAGAAUCGCGGUAGUUGAUUGAGAUUCGUAGAAAGACGCGUAUAGAUACUUUGAUAAGCGAACGAUUCGGGAUACCUAGUCUGCUAUCUGAUUUUAAUUCUACGUAUUUAUUUACGUAACGAUAAUUGGAUCGUGAGAUAUUAAUUGUUGAUAUAUAUUUAUUGAUAAUUAUUUUUACAAAAUUACGUAAUAAUGAUUUUAUACAUUUUUACACGACAAUUACUUUUACAAGAGAAGACGAAAAUCUCCUGUAUAUUUUGUAGCUUAUCGUAAAAGAACUUUUUUAAAAAAAUGGUAUACGAAUUAAAAAUAAAUGUAAAUCCGCGAUAUUUUGAAAUUAAUUAUCUGUCGCUAUUAAAGAUUAGAAAGAAAAAUCGCAAGAGCGUGCGUGAGAGAGAGUGGAAAGAUUGGGAUGGGAGAAAAUUCUAAUAUAUAUUUAAUUGUUAUUGCGUUAAUUAAUUAUUUAAAUAGCUGCAUGACAAUCGGGGCGUUUACUCGAUUUUGAGCACACGGAGUGACGCUUUAGUGAGAUUUAUAUCCCGAUCGAUAAAAGUAUGUGAACCGGUACCCUCGGGUCUGAAUAUCAGUCUCGAUAUGACAUCGACCUCUACAACAUAUGCAUUGUAUUAUUCUCCUUAGAGAAUAAAGAUCAUCAUGGUCAACAACAUUCACGCCUUCUCGGUGAGAUUUUUGCGAAUCCCAUAGAUAUUCUUCAUUUCCUCUUUCGUAUUAAAGAAAUAUUAUACGUAUAUCAUUAGAAAUAUAUCGCUAUGCAUAA